GUUAUCGGCAGGUGAAAUGCCUAUGGUAUGUGAGCUCUUUAAUAGUUUUUGAAAUUUGGACAUAAGACCAAAUAAUAGUCAUGAACAUCGAUAGUGUGAAAGAAGUACCAACUGGACAAACGGAGCCUGUGGAUUUCGCCGCCAUAGGGUCUACGCCUUAGUUCCAUCCUCGGUCCCAGCGAACGCAAGAACGGUUAAUUUGCGCGUCAUCGUCGGCGCCCGUCGGCGUCCGGACGCUAUAUAACCAGAGCAGUCGAAAAGAACUUCCCCAUUUGCUGCGCGACUCCUAAAUCCGGAGUUCUCAUCAGCAGCCGUCCGCUUUUUGCGAAAACUUCGCCACCUGUUAGGAUGACGGCCGUGUCGCGUGCAUUUUCUGGAAGAUUGCUGCUUCUUUCGGCGUCCAUGGCGAUCGCGUGCGGACAUCCUGGGGGCUUAAUCGGACUGAAGAAGAACGUCGAAGUUUCGCCUUUCGAAGACGUGGGAUUUGUGAAUGAUCUCAAAAUGUACCCAAGCUUUCGUUUCCCGAAGGACGACUUUACGGGAAGAAUAUUGCCUAGUUCAAUACGAAAGAGAACUCCAGAGCAUCACAUUUUAGAAUGUAUGUAUAUGACAUCUGAAGAAGGGCUGUUUUAUUACAAACAACCAAAGGAUGGAGACGAAACGACCUGCGGGAUCUACAUGUUCAGCGAGCCCGAUCAGAAUAUCGAAAUUCAGUUCAAUUAUUUUGACGUUCCAUGCGAAAAUAAAGGACUAGUGGCGAUAGUCGACGGAUGGGAGUUAAACGGUCAAUUAUUUCCCAAUCUAGAGGACCACCCGCUACCUCUAAAGAAACGCUUCAACGAAUUUUGCGGCAGAAGAAAAAUUAAGCACACUUUUACCAGUUCACAAAACGUUGCUCUCAUACAAUAUCGAGUACCAUCCAGGGGUUCGAGUUUCGGUUUUAGUAUCCGAUUCAUCAAAAAUCAAAGUCCCUGCAAUGUUCUCUUUCAAGCGGACGAGACGUACACCUUAAGAAAUUAUGGAAAAAGAUCGAAUUGCAGCCUGAGCACACUUUUUCCCGCAGCGGUUAAAGUGGUUUCCUUAAACGUCGGAAUGAGCCCCAUGGCCGGCAGGGGAAUGGAAGUUGAGACUGGCACCAUCUACAAGUGCGCAAAAAGGGGUCUCGAUGACUACGUACAAAUAGGAGGUUCGCCCGGUUUAGACAACGCCAACUUGGAGGUCGCGGAUUCAGUUUGCGGUGUCAGUUCCAAACCAGGAAAAGCUGCCGAUUUAAUAGCCUGCGAGACCACAACCGUCAGACUGGUGUCCGGAGGAGCUUUCGAUAAUUCGAUCACCGUUUCCUUGAAAAGGCUCACCGAGAACGAUUUGAAUGCCUACAUGAGCGCUGUGUGUCUUCCUGAUGAUAUUUCAAAGUAAAAUCACCUUCCUUUUAGGAAAUAAGCUGUUUUGGAGUAUCGCCCUAGCUUCGAAGAUAUUUUCUCCUUUGUAAGAAGAUUUGGUUUUUUCAACAAAUGCGGUUUUGUUGGUGAUGUUUGUUUAAAACAAUGUUAAGUAAUAUUUACUCAGUAGAGUAGAGAUAUACGUGUACAAAUAUGACGAAUAUAUCUAUUUCA